AUGGCCGCUUCUAACGACUAUGGCUCCUUCACUGCCGUGAACCUCGAGCGCGAGCCCUACUGGCCCGAGAAGAAGCUCAGGAUCUCCGUCACUGGAGCUGGCGGCUUCAUCGGGUCGCACAUUGCCCGCCGAUUGAAAUCGGAGGGUCACUAUGUGAUCGCGUCGGACUGGAAGAGGAACGAGCACAUGACCGAGGACAUGUUCUGCGACGAGUUUCAUCUCGUCGAUCUACGUGUUAUGGACAACUGUCUCAAGGUCACCAAGGGAGUGGAGCAUGUGUUCAACCUGGCUGCAGACAUGGGUGGCAUGGGUUUCAUCCAGUCGAAUCACUCCGUGAUUCUGUACAACAACACCAUGAUCAGCUUCAACAUGCUCGAGGCUGCUCGCAUCAACGGCAUUUCUCGCUUCUUCUAUGCCUCGAGUGCAUGCAUCUACCCUGAGUUCCGUCAACUUGAGACCGACAACGUCAACUUGAAAGAGUCAGAUGCCUGGCCCGCUGAGCCCCAAGACGCGUACGGUCUUGAGAAGCUGGUGACCGAGGAGCUGUGCAAGCAUUACACUAAGGACUUCGGCGUGGAGUGCAGAAUUGGCCGUUUCCACAACAUCUACGGUCCCUUCGGCACCUGGAAGGGUGGCCGCGAGAAGGCGCCAGCAGCGUUUUGCCGCAAGGUGCUUACUUCCAAGGAUCACUUCGAGAUGUGGGGUGAUGGCAAGCAGACGAGGUCCUUCACCUUCAUCGACGAGUGUGUGGAAGGCGUGCUCAGGCUGACCAAGUCUGACUUCAGGGAGCCGUUGAACAUUGGGAGUGACGAGUGCGUGAGCAUGAACGAUAUGGCGGCCAUGGUGAUGAGCAUCGACCACAAGGAUCUGCCCAUCAAACACAUCCCGGGUCCUGAGGGGGUGCGUGGGCGCAACUCGGACAACACGCUUAUCCGGGAGAAGCUGGGCUGGGCUCCGUCCAUGAAGCUAAUUGAUGGUCUGACGAUCACGUACAAGUGGAUCACGACACAAAUUGAGAAGGAGAAGGCCAAGGGUACUGAUGCGUCAACAUUCUCCUCUUCUAAAGUGGUCGGCACAUCAGCACCUGUAGAGCUAGGAUCGCUAAGGAAGGCUGACGGGGAGGAGUAA